AUGAUUCGAUAUUGCCAUGCUGGAUCUACUGGUAUUGGCGGAGUCUGCUCUACGUCGCGCGACCAUCUCGAUUCAAACACUCGCAAGUUUGUCUCUGACUGCUCCGACCUCGCUUACUGUUCUGGUUCUGAAAACGGGACUUGCCUUGCAAGAACUUGUCGAAGAGACGAAUUUCCUUUUGGAUACUCUACUUCUGAUGCUCUGCCUCCUCUGUGUUUGACGGGAUCCUUCUGCCCUGACGAAGGGAAUGGAUGUAGAACUCAAGUGAACCCAGGUGGCGCCUGCCAGAUGAACAGGGAUGAACAAUGUGCUCGUGCAGUCAACUGGCAAGACUUUUCAAGCUCAGAAAACUUUUAUGGUUCAAUCUGCUUACACUCUAUAUGCAUGUAUGCGAAUGCGACAAUAGGUACUCCUUGCAUUAUCGACAACACUACGUAUACGGAUGUCGGACUGAAUGGACAACUAUACACUACCGUUGUAAUUCGGGAUAACUGUCAUUCACCCGACUUGUACUGUGGCCAGGAUAGCUUGCUCUGCGAGCAGAGUAAAUCUUUGGGGUCGCCUUGUCAAAUUGAUCAAGAAUGUGAAGAACGCAACUGUGUUGUAGGCAUUUGUGCGGUGCCCCCAGAAACUCCUCUCCGUGUUGCGCCCUGGCAAUAUGCGGUUACAGCAAUGUGUAUUCUUGGAGCAAUGGUGGCAACUUGUUUGAUGUUGACCCUUCUCCAUAAACGCCAUCGUCUGCUGCGAUACAGAGAGUUGCGGGAAUACUACAUGGAGCAACUCAGAUUGAGAAGGUCAAUAAUCGAAUUGCACUCUGCCGCAGCCACGACGACCAUAUUCGAUACUAAGCAGAAAUAG